UUUCAGGUUCAGUCUUUCGUGUAACCGAACGCUUAUCAGAAUAGUAUCGCGAAUAUGAACUCACGACGAGAAAUCAUAUCAUUUUUCUUCGUAGUUUGUCGUGAUAUUUAAUCAAUUUGCAACUUUUCACUUCUAGUGAUUUUGUCCAGUGGCCGGGUCAGAGUUUAGUGGAAUUUUUAUAAUUUUAUCGCGUGUGACUAAUUUAAUGAGAUUAUUACUGUUCGGCGGAUUACUUAAUAUUUUCGUCUCGUAGUUUCUCGUCAAUUUUAUACGGUCGUGGUUGGGGAUUUUCGCGGUCGAGUACGUCGAAUCGACGAAAUUCAUCGUAUCGUGGGGUGUUGUGCACGUGAGAACAUUUACCUACUUGUUUUGGCACUUGUCGGAAAUGCCGGAAGUGUUGUCUGAGGUACGUGUGCGGUAACGGUAAUAUCGCGCGGAUAGAGAUGUUGCUGCAAAAUGAAAGAUGACUUGGAACGUAACAAGCUGGAGGAAGCUCAGACAUUGCUAUCAGCACCUACGUGGAAUAGAGGCGCAAAUGUCAGUAUUUCUCCAGCGACAGUGAAAAGCUCCAGAACAGGCAAAUACGAUCUAGAGACUCCAGAAUGCCUCGACAACACGUUCAAUCGAUUUGGAAGGUUGAGAUUAGGUGAUAUCAGCCCUAGAAGCCAAGUCAGUGUUAAUACAGUAUUCGAACUAAGCACAACAUCUACCGAAGUCGCUUCUCACCGGAGAGCCAGUAGCACCAGUAUACCAGAUACAUUUAUACCUGCAACGUUGGAUCCGCGGUGUUUAUUACACGAAAGACAUUCUAUAUGGGAGAAUCGAUAUUUGGGCAAGGAGCAUAGAAGGGCCGGUGCCACAUUCCAAGGACGCGUGUACAAUUUUUUGGAACGGCCUUCCGGAUGGAAAUGUUUCAUCUACCACUUUACCGUGUAAGUACUUUAUCAUGUUUUUAUUAAUACUUAAACGUUGAUUCGAGACGAUAAAACGAUGCCGAGAGUAUUGUUUCUCUCUGCGGA